UCGAGUAUAACAAACGGCGCCGUUUUGGUUGAAUUAAGCGGCGAUAAGAAGAAAGAAGGGUUUGAUCCUGUUCUAGCGACGGCGAUGAGAAGCUUCUUAGGAACAUCUAGCGGCGGCAGUGGAGGAGGACGGUCGUGGCCGUCGACGACAUCGGUGUCUACGUCGGGGAAGAGGAUUCAGAAGGAGAUGUCGGAUCUUAAUACCGACUGUCCCCCCGAUUGCUCUGCCGGUCCUAAAGGCGACAAUCUCUACAACUGGGUCGCCACCAUCAUUGGCCCCUCAGGAACACCAUAUGAAGGUGGUAUAUUUUUUCUCGAAAUAGAUUUUACAAGUGACUAUCCAUUCAAUCCUCCCAAGGUGGUAUUUAGAACCCGUAUCUUCCACUGCAAUGUUGAUUCUACUGGAAAAGUUAGUUUAGGCAUGCUGAAAGAAGGUUGGAGUCCAGCUUUAACCAUUUCAAAAGUUCUCCAUGCUAUCAGAUCUAUUCUCAUCAAUCCUGAUCCAUAUGACCCAGUACUUCCGGGAAUUGCCCACAUGUAUCUAGCUGAUCGGGCGAGGCAUGACAAAUUAGCUGCCGAAUGGACUCUUCGAUUCGCAAAAUAGAUUUUUAACAAACUUUUCUGAUCAUGUACAAGAUUUUGUUGUGAAUCCUAGUAUCAGUUGGGGUUUAGAUGAGACGGAGUAAGUAUCAUGUUCAGUUUGGGGUGUUUUUUUUUUUUUAAACAACGGUUUGAGGCCAUAAUUGAACAAAUCACACAAUAAGCUUUACUGUUGUUUCCUUUAUAAGUUUGUUUUUCUUUUUGCUAA